AUGUGUGACCAGCAGAAGCAGGUGCAGUUCCCUCCAUCCUGUGUGAAAGGCUCAGGAUUGGGGGCUGACGUUACAUCUGUGAAAUGCCCAGCUCCGUGCGUAACUCAAACCUACGUGACGUGCCCAGCUCCGUGCCCGACUCAAACCCUUGUGAAAUGCCCAGCUCCGUGCGUAACUCAAACCUACGUGACGUGCCCGGCUCCAUGCCCGACUCAAACCCUUGUGAAGUGCCCGGCUCCGUGCCCGACUCAAACCCUUGUGAAGUGCCCGGCUCCGUGCGUAACUCAAACCUACGUGAAGUGCCCGGCUCCAUGCCCGACUCAAACCCUUGUGAAGUGCCCGGCUCCGUGCCCGACUCAAACCCUGACCUUUGUGAAGUGCCCAGCUCCCUGCCAGACCCAGACAUGCUACGUCCAGUACCCUUCUCCCUGCCAGACCUACUACGUUCAGGCUCCCAUGGGUGGCUCGGCGGCCCAGGUCAGUGUCCCUAACCCAUGCUCUGCUCCCGUGUCCACCAGCUACUCCUGCCUGGCUCCCCGGACCUUCGGGGUGAGUCCCCUGAGACGCUGGGUCCAGCGGCCUCAGGAAUGCACCUCGGGGUCAUCUGGCUGCUGUGAGGAUUCGGGCUGCUGCAGCUCUGGGUGCUGCGGCUCCGGCUGCUGCAGCUCUGGGUGCGGCUGUUUGGGAAUUAUUCCCAUGAGGUCCCGAGGUCCCGCGUGCUGUCAUCACGAGGACGACUGUUGCUGCUAA